UAGGAUAAGAAAUAGUUGGACUUAUAUACGUAUUAUAAUAUAUACUAUACCAAUACUGUUCUUGUAUGUUUUCUGUAGCUCAUGCAUGACGGAUACGGUGAAAUUGGGUAAAUGCGUUGAAGGUUUGACUUAACGCUUCACUGACUUCGAACAGUCCUCUGAAUAAAUUUUCUUAAACCCAGCGUAAAGGUUUUAUAUUUUUAAUGUGAUCCCCAUAACAUCACUGUUGGAUAUUCUUGCUAUCACAUUUGUGCUGAAAUUCUCGACAGACCUAGUUAAAGGACGACAAUAAAACAAUUCCCUGUUUUAUGCUUAGCAAGAAUACUCAAAAUACACACAGUUCAGUACGGUCUUGAAGCGAAGAAUUUUUAGUAAUGGCCUAAUAGCCAUUUCUCGCAGAGAGGAAUUAUGUUUCAUGCACCUGAAGAAGUACACGGCAUAAAGGAUAUAUGGCACCACUUGCAGGAUAAGCUAAACAAUUAUUCUAACAAGGAAUCCAUUUUUCAGUGAUGUUUGGAAACAGUUUCGGAUACUAGUAUAUCUGAUUAACCAAGCUUUCGUGGCGUGAGAAAAAUAACAUAGACGAGUUGGUUUGGAUUGGAUUGUACGAAGAUUUAUAGUUAAGUUCCAUAGAAGAUGGGACAACGAAGAAGUAAACCCAUUGUUGGUGAUACUAUUACCAGGGAAGUCUAUCAUAGAAACCACGUUGGUCUUGCACCUGCUCGACGUGCUAACUAUAUAGCUACGUAUGGAACACGUGUACUGGAACCUACCACAAGAAACAAAGAAGCAUUAAGAGUAGAGAGUGUUACUUUUAAUAUAAAAGAAAACACACCAAAUCAUCAUACCAGUGAGUUUGAUAUUACUCAGCCAGAUCAAGGACGUACUCCACAGUUGGUUGUAAGACGUGGACAACCGUUUGAUAUCACACUAACAUUUAACAGACCUUAUGAUAAAAAUGAAGAUGACCUUCGCCUAGUCUUUCAGGCAGGAAAAGAACCACUGCCAAGUAAACAGACACAUAUUGAAUUUGUUCUAUCUGAUGUUGAUUUGCCUAAACAAUGGGGCGCUAAAGUAGCCGAACAAGACAGGAAUACCCUUCGUGUCACCAUUUUCACUCCACCAAAUUGUUACGUAGCUAAAUGGGCAUUUAAGAUAGAUGUCGUAAAGAAAGCCGACCAAUCGACAGCUAUUUAUCGAUAUACACAUAAAGAACCUAUUUAUAUUCUAUUUAACCCUUGGUGUAAAGAUGACCAAGUCUAUAAUGAGGAUAGUGAAGCUCUAAAAGAAUAUGUGUUAAAUGAGACUGGAAGAAUCUACGCUGGUACCCAUAACAACAUAGCUCCUAAACCAUGGAACUUUGGACAGUUUGAAGAUCAUGUUUUGGAAUGCUCUUUAUUAUUAUUGGAUAUAGCUGGGUUAAAUUGGACCGUUCGAGGCAAUGCAGUUAGCAUUAUUAGAAAAUUAACUGCUUUGGUAAAUGCUCCCGAUGAUGGUGGCGUAUUGGUUGGUAAUUGGUCUGGAGAUUAUAAAGGGGGCAAACCACCUUUAUCCUGGACUGGCAGUGCUCCUAUACUGGAAGAAUUUUACAGAACUAAAAUGCCAGUUAAAUUCGGACAAUGUUGGGUCUUUUCUGGUGUCUUAACAACAAUUUGUCGAGCUCUGGGUAUUCCAGCCAGAUCUGUCACCAACUUUUCGUCUGCUCACGAUACAGAUGGCAGUGUUUCUAUCGACAUCUAUUUUAACUCUGAUGGCUUUAUAGAAGAAAAACGAAAUGUCGAUUCUGUUUGGAAUUUCCACGUGUGGAAUGAAGUAUGGAUGUCCAGACCUGAUUUACCAGCAGGUUAUGGGGGAUGGCAAGCUGCAGAUGCCACGCCACAAGAAACAAGUGAUGGAGUUUAUUGUUGUGGUCCGGCUUCCAUGACUGCCAUUAAAGAUGGCGAAUUGGGCCUUCCCUACGAUGGACCAUUUAUAUUUGCUGAGGUAAAUGCUGAUAAGGUCUAUUGGGUGACCAAGCCUGAUGGAUCUAUGGCAACUUAUCACGUAGAACAGAAAAGUAUUGGUUUAAAUAUUAGUACCAAAUUACCAUUACGUGAUGAGAGAGAAGAUAUUACAACAGAAUACAAAUAUCCUGAAGGAACCCAAGAAGAAAGAACAGCUGUGCUGAGAGCUAAUCAAACCGGUUCCAGUAGGCAUGAUAUCUAUGUAAUAGGUGCUUCGGAUAUGGAGUUUGAACUAGUAGAACAAGAUGAUGUGUUUGUUGGUGAAAGCUUUGAUGUUAUACUGAAGAUCACCAAUACAGGCACUGAAGAACGUUAUAUACAUGGACGACUCGGAGCUAGAACUAUGUAUUAUACCGGAGUAUCUGCCGACAAAGUGCGAACAGAUACAUUUCAGAUGUUCGUACAAGGAGGCCGAGCAACGGAACAAAGAAUGAAGGUUAAUUACAAGGAUUAUUCGUCCAAGUUAAAAGAUAUGUGUAUGUUAAAAUUGACGGCAAUGGCUAAAGUACAAGACACAGAACAAAUAUUUACAACCCAGGGAGAUUUCAGAUUGUGUAAACCAGAUUUAACAUUAAAGAUUCCCGAUGAACUCAAAGUGAAGAAAUCAUAUGACGUAGAAGUAUCAUUUACUAACCCUCUGGCUGACACUUUAACUAAUUGUUACUUGGAAGUUGAAGGACCGCAUCUACUGAAGAGACACAAAUAUCCACAAAGGAGCGUAAAACCAAAACAGACUUUUGUUACCAAGUUUGAGAUGACUCCCAGUACUCUUGGUGAGAGGGAACUCGUUGUAAUAUUUAACUCAGACCAGUUACUAGAUAUAAAUACUACUCAAGUUGUAAAUGUUGUUAACUAAAUUCUCUCAUCUAUCUGAAGAUCCUUCUUAUAAACGUCACCUCAGUGGUAUAAAUUAAAACAUUUAAAAUAAUCUAGUUCUGAUAUACAAUACCGUUAUUCUUAACCAGGUUACUAACUCAAUUAAUACCACUAUAGCCAACACUUGUGGUAAGGAAUUCGCUUUCCCAGUAUGCAUAAUAACUUUAUAUGGAUAUUAUUAUUUUAAACUCAUAUUAAAUUUACAAUUUUACGGCAUUUAUUAAAAGCAUUAUAUUCGCAAUUGUUUUAAAUUGCAUGGUACUGUUGUGUGCUUAAAUCUCCUUCUGAGCAGUAGCGGACUUGAUCUUAAAACUGUCCCGGGUAACCUUCAUCUAGUUUUAAUUAAUUACAUUAUGGGAGAAUCGAUAACGAGUUGGCAGAUCUCACUAUAAUAGUUAAAAACUAGAUAACGUAAAGGCAAUUUGCUCAAAAUUUCAUUCAAAUUGAUCCGCUAUGAACCCAGAACUAAGCGAAUGAAAUUUCUGCCUAGCCUCGGUCAUCAUUACUAAAGUCAGUACGAUAAACAGCAUAGACUCGAUUAUCCAUUUAAUCGUUAAAUCGAGAAGGAAAGUUAUGCAGUAUAUCGUCUCACAAUCCACUUAAGAUCGCAGGCUAGCGAUGCCAUCUAGAGUUGAUUAUGGUCUGGAUAAGUUAAUUAAUGUCUAGUUAAAAAUUUAGAUAACAUUUCAGGCCUAAAGAAAGACCUGCAAUAGACAGAUUUAGCUCUUGCAAAAUGUAUGUUUAAGACUGUUUUUCUGCAGUAUUCUUAUUUAGCCCAGUCGCUCAUUAUCUUUUACCCAGAGGCCCCGGUCCACCGGUCAUUGCUCACAUGUACUGACAGCCAAUACUUCCCUGGGCGUGAACGUACGAUUCCUCCAAAAGAUGUACCAAUUGUGUGUAAAAUAUAAUGUCGUCAUUAAUAUUACGGCUAGUUAUUUUGUAUAUAUAUAUAUAUUGUUGUGUUUAACAAAUGGUGUAGUUUUAACAUCCAGCGCUCUAAUUCAUCAUUUUAUAUUAUAUUUUUAUCUUGCCCUGUCUUUUUUAUACUGAUAAUAAAUUGUUUCUUGUUGUU